AUGAACAAACUGUAUAUCGGAAACCUCAGCGAGAACGCCGUCCCCUCGGACCUGGAAAGUAUCUUCAAGGACGCCAAGAUCCCGGUGUCGGGACCCUUCCUGGUGAAGACAGGCUACGCGUUUGUGGACUGUCCGGACGAGAGCUGGGCCCUCAAGGCCAUCGAAGCGCUUUCAGGUAAAGUGGAACUGCACGGGAAACUCAUAGAAGUUGAGCACUCGGUCCCCAAAAGGCAAAGGAUUCGGAAACUUCAGAUACGAAAUAUCCCGCCUCAUUUACAGUGGGAGGUGCUGGAUAGUUUACUAGUCCAGUAUGGAGUGGUGGAAAGCUGUGAGCAAGUGAACACUGACUCGGAAACUGCAGUCGUUAAUGUAACCUAUUCCAGUAAGGAGCAAGCUAGACAAGCUUUAGACAAACUGAAUGGAUUCCAGCUGGAGAACUUCACACUGAGAGUGGCCUACAUCCCUGACGAAAUGGCUGCCCAGCAGAACCCCUCGCAGCAGCCCCGAGGUCGCCGUGGGUUUGGGCAGAGGGGCUCAUCGCGGCAGGGGUCUCCAGGAUCCAUGUCCAAGCAGAAACCGUGCGACUUGCCUCUACGUCUGCUGGUUCCCACCCAAUUCGUUGGAGCCAUUAUAGGAAAAGAAGGUGCUACCAUUCGGAACAUUACGAAACAGACCCAGUCUAAAAUUGACGUCCACCGUAAAGAGAAUGCAGGUGCCGCUGAGAAGUCAAUUACUAUUCUCUCUACCCCUGAGGGCACUUCUGCGGCUUGUAAGUCUAUUCUGGAGAUUAUGCAUAAAGAAGCUCAAGAUAUAAAAUUCACAGAAGAGAUUCCCUUGAAGAUUUUAGCCCAUAAUAACUUUGUAGGACGUCUUAUUGGUAAGGAAGGAAGAAACCUUAAAAAAAUUGAGCAAGACACAGACACUAAAAUCACAAUAUCUCCGUUACAGGAACUGACGCUGUACAAUCCAGAGCGCACCAUUACGGUCAAAGGCAGUGUGGAAACAUGUGCCAAAGCUGAGGAAGAGAUCAUGAAGAAAAUCAGGGAGUCUUAUGAAAAUGAUAUUGCUUCCAUGAAUCUUCAAGCACAUUUAAUUCCUGGAUUAAAUCUGAAUGCCUUGGGUCUGUUCCCACCCACUUCAGGGAUGCCACCUCCCACCUCAGGGCCCCCUUCAGCUAUGACUCCUCCUUACCCACAGUUUGAGCAGUCAGAAACAGAGACUGUCCAUCUGUUCAUCCCAGCCCUGUCUGUCGGCGCCAUCAUCGGCAAGCAGGGGCAACACAUCAAACAGCUUUCUCGCUUUGCAGGAGCUUCUAUUAAGAUCGCUCCAGCUGAAGCACCAGAUGCUAAAGUGAGGAUGGUGAUUAUCACUGGGCCACCGGAGGCUCAGUUCAAGGCUCAGGGAAGAAUUUAUGGAAAAAUUAAAGAAGAAAACUUUGUUAGUCCUAAAGAAGAGGUGAAACUUGAAGCUCACAUCAGAGUGCCAUCCUUUGCUGCUGGCAGAGUUAUUGGAAAAGGAGGCAAAACGGUGAAUGAGCUCCAGAAUUUGUCAAGCGCAGAAGUUGUUGUCCCUCGUGACCAGACGCCUGAUGAGAAUGACCAAGUGGUGGUCAAAAUAACUGGUCACUUCUAUGCUUGCCAGGUUGCCCAGAGAAAAAUUCAGGAAAUUCUGACUCAGGUAAAGCAGCACCAACAGCAGAAAGCUCUGCAAAGUGGACCACCUCAGUCAAGACGGAAGUGA